GCGUUUCGUGCGGUUGCUAAAUAUCUAACAUUUUCGACGAAAAGUACUGAUUCAGGUCGGUUCUACUUGCAGGGGCGGUUUCGCUUCCUUUGGUUGUAGGCUGUGCGGGAGUCUCGCUGAUUACACGCAUCCGUGCCAUUCUGUUGCGAUACACGACGAAAUACAGUGGGCUUCCUUUGUGGCCCGAACUUCGAUCUAGGAAGCAGUUGAAAGGUGAACAAAAGUGUUAGGCUAGGUUGUUGCGAAAUCAACCCGAGUGAUCAUAGUUACGAUUGCGUUGCUCUGACGGUUGAUUUGCAAACGGUUUCGGGAGACCACACAACAAGCGACCGGGAGCAACCCAAAUUCGACCCCACCGUGUCGUGUCUACGAAGCGUGGUGCAAAAUGUUGAUCAAAGAAUUCCGAGUUACCCUGCCACUGACAGUCGAGGAGUACCAAGUUGCACAGCUGUACUGCGUGGCGGAGGUGUCCAAAAAUGAAACGGGCGGCGGCGAAGGUAUUGAAGUGCUGAAAAAUGAACCCUUCGACAACUAUCCACUGCUUGGUGGAAAGUACAAUUCCGGUCAGUAUACGUACAAAAUUUAUCACUUGGCCUCCAAGGUUCCGGCUUUCAUCCGGCUGCUCGCUCCCAAGGGAUCGCUCGAGGUGCACGAGGAAGCCUGGAACGCGUACCCGUACUGUCGGACGGUUAUAACUAAUCCAAAUUGGAUGAAGGAAAAGAUGACGGUCACGAUCGAAACGUACAGUAUCGAUGGUGAAGAGGAUAUCGAGAACGCUCACGAGCUGACUCCGGAGAAGCUGAAGCAGCGUGACGUGGUCCACAUCGACAUUGCCAACGAUCCUGUGUCGCAGACGGACUACCGAGAAACGGAGGAUCCUACCAAGUUCAAAUCGGUUAAAACCGGUCGCGGCCCGCUAGUUGGUCCGGACUGGAAGAAGAAGGUGUCACCGGUCAUGACCUGCUACAAGCUCGUCACCUGUGAGUUCAAAUGGUUUGGGCUGCAGUCGAGAAUAGAGAACUUUAUCCAGAAGUCGGAACGGAGGCUUUUUACCAUCUUUCACCGGCAAGUGUUCUGCUGGAUGGAUAGCUGGCACGGGCUAACUAUGCAGGACAUCCGCGAGCUGGAGGACAAAACCAAAGAGGAGCUGGACAAGCAGCGCCACCUCGGCGAGGUGCGUGGUAUGCGUGCCGAGAGUGAUUAAUUUGUUCCCUCGGUACUUCGGGCUCUGCUACCUACUACUACUACUAUUACUACUGCUACUACUGCUACGGCAUCUCGACGACGGUCACGAUUAUUGUGAGUUUAGGGUGUCGGAGGAUCGCACGGGAGGAGAGUGUUAUUGGAUCUCUUCGAUAGCGGCGAGGUCCGUGACAUAGGUCCUCGUGAUCGCAAAAUGGAGCAAAAAGUGUGUUAUAAUUUGUUUCUGUUCAUGGUUUUUUCCUAUAAUUUUUGUUUUCGUUCUCUCGGCGUCGACGAAUAAGGAAGGGGAGACUACGAAUGUGGUGAGUGGGAUGGAUAGAACUGUGGUUAUGCUAACAGAGCGCUCAGUAAACAUAAUGCCACCAGGCCGGGUGGCUUAAAAAGUGGUCGGAAGUAAGUGUAAGUGCAAAGACCGAUUAAAAAAAUGUGUAAACAAAGUGAACGAAAAGCGGAAGCAGCAGUGUUACAUUCUUCUUGUCGCGAUCGUCGUCGCAAGCAAGACACAUGUUAGAAUGGGAAGGUGACUGGGCAAUAUGAUUUGCAGAAAUAAACUGAACCGGAAGAAUCGAAAACCGAACUUGGAGCAAAAAGAACACCACGAACCAUCGAAUGAAAAACCAACAUCCGAAGAGCUUCACACAAGAAGAGGCUUUUGGCGCAGAUGCGGAAAGAAAACUAAAAAUAGUAACACCGUAAAUUGUUGCCCGUAAACCAUGCUAGAACGACGAUAAAGAAACCAGUAAGAAUAGAAAGGCACAGCAGAAUGCUUAUUACAAUAUUAAGCAGAGUAAUUUGCAAAAUGCAGCGUGAUAAUUGAGCGUUCGAAGUACAGAAAAGUAUUGCAAAACCUUUACCACAAAAGCAGCUAAAUAAAGCUGCAAACAUACGGUAGAAAGAAACAAUAAAACAAAAAAGUUAACGCGAAUGGAGCGGACAGUUCAGUUCCAGAGGAUGUUGAAGCGAAGCACCAACAAAUGAAUCCAGAAUCCGAAACAGCACCCAGUGUGACCGACGGGUCUGCAAGCGCAUGUUGGUGUUUCUUUCAGCUUCUAUGAGCAAUAUAGUGAAGCAUCCGCAGGACUUUAGACACGCCAAUCACGACCCCACUUAGAGCUACGUUGUUGAAGAGUAGCACCCAACCGACGACACAAUAGAGGGAAAAUGUAUAAUUUGUCUAAUCCAUUAUUCGAAUUGGCAGCAGCUGUGUGUGUGGUGUGCUAAGGUUCAUGUUAAUCGCCUUCUGAACGGCUCUGGAUCCUUAACCUGCACCUAUGACAUGAACCGGAUCGCGAACCAGAAUCGCAAAUUGUGUUUCUGGUUCUGUGUAUCCCAGUAGCCAGUCGUCACCCUUUAUCUUGUGUUUUCUGGUUUCUGUAGUAGAAUUAUUCGUUAGUUUUCAGCUUGUGUUUAUUUGCCAGCUGCGGGUAAACUGGUUAGUCAGAAGCUCUUCAUGUAUUUUAUUUUUUGUCGAAGCUCCUGCAUGCGUUACGGUAAGUUUAAUGUUAUUUUUGUUAUUUGUUCGUGAUCCACACCAUUUUUGUUAUCUGUUUGCCUUUCUGUUUUUGAAAACAACAAAAGACAACACGAUCGACUGUAGCUGGCAGGUGAAUAGGAUAAUGUCGAACCAAUUGUAAACAUCAAGCAAAGAGAGAAAAGUUGCGUAGCAACGCUUAUUAAAGUGUUAUUUAAAAAGACAACAAACACGUUUCAAGAGCAAUUAAGAACGUAAAGUGUUCAUAUGCCAGUUGAAAGCCGAAAGCGAGCAAUAGAGAUGCGCAGUUGCCUAUCGAAAUCGUAAUCCUCCAUGUAGAAUCGCAUCUACAAAACCAAUGCACUAGGGCACUCAACAGAAGAUUGAAAACCAAAGAGCCGAGACAAACGAUCCCUUGAUUUGCUAGCUGAGGUGGUCACCAAGCUUUCCUUACAAACAAAGAGACCACCAUUAUUCGAUCGCUAGGAGUCAC